GCAGGAAUGUGUGGAGCAGCUCCUGAAGAAUAUGUUUGAUGGCGAGCAGACGGAGAACUGCAUAGUGAACGGAACACAAGUUCUUCUGACGUUGCUGGAAACAAGGCGCUCUGGGGUGGAAGGACUGAUGGACUCAUACACUCAGGGAUUUGAAAGGUCUUACACUGUCAAUAGCAGCAUCUUGCAUGGUAUUGAACCAAGGCUGAAGGAUUUCCACCAGCUGCUGCUCAGCCCUCCCAAGAAAACAGCAAUCCUAACUACGAUUGGUGUCUUGGAGGAGCCACUGGGGAACGCUCGUCUUCAUGGAUCUCGUCUAAUAGCUGCUCUGCUUCACACAAACACUCCCAGUAUUAAUCAGGAACUAUGCAGACUCAGUACCAUGAAUUUAUUACUUGAUUUGUUUUUUAAAUACACGUGGAAUAACUUUUUGCAUUUCCAAGUGGAAUUGUCCAUAGCAGCAAUUCUCUCCCACUCUGUGCAAGAGGGAAAGACUACUGCUCACGAGCUAGAAAGCAAAGAGGAGGUGCUGAAUGGAAACGUGGCCACAGAGAACUCGGAGACUCCAGCACACAACACGGAGAACAUCAUGGUUACUCACCUGUUCCAGAAGUGCUGCCUCGUGCAAAGGAUCUUGGACGCCUGGGAAGCCAACGACAAGAUCCAGGCAGAAGGUGGAAUGAGGCGAGGCAACAUGGGCCACCUCACCCGGAUAGCCAACGCCGUAGUGCAGAACAUGGAGAAGGGCCCCAUGCAGACUCAAAUUAGUGAGUUCAUUAAAGAGCUACCUGAAGAUUGCAGAGGGAGGUGGGAGAGUUUUGUAGAAGAGACGCUGACGGAAACAAACAGGAGGAAUACGGUGGAUUUGGUGAGCACUCACCAUCUGCACUCUUCCAGUGAGGAUGAAGACAUUGAGAGUGCUUUCCCCAAUGAACUUUCUCUCCAGCAGGCCUUCUCCGAGUACCAGAUCCAGCAGAUGACAGCUAACUUUGUGGAUCAGUUCGGCUUUAACGACGAGGAGUUUGCAGACCAGGAUGAUAAUAUCAAUGCUCCCUUUGACAGGAUCGCGGAGAUAAACUUCAAUAUAGAUGCGGAUGAUGACAGUCCCAAUGCUUCCCUCUUUGAAGCCUGCUGCAAUGAGCGGAUCCAACAAUUUGAUGAUAACGAGGAGGAAGAAGAUAUUUGGGAAGAGAAGGAGAUAACCUAUGCAACCCAAGUUAAAUCAAGAACACGAUUUGGAGCAUCUCAGACCUCAGAGAGUUCGUCAAAAAGUGAUCUUGAAAACGGAGAUCAUGAUGGCAGCGUGGACUCCGAAGAGGAGGAGGAAGCAGAACAGCAGCCGCCUCCUUCCUCGGCGAACAGCAAGAAUAAUAUUUCCGAGCAGAAGGAGUCUGACUCCUCUGAAGGGUCUGGCUGGACAGCGGUGUUCGAGCCCGUCAACUCGAAGCCCCCCACACCCUGCGUUGCCAUGGAUGUUGGAUCGAGUGUGUGGGAUUCAGCAGCCCCCGAGAACCCCACGCCCGAGGAGAAAGGGUGGGCAAAGUUUACAGACUUCCAGCCUUUCUGUUGCUCAGAAUCAGGCCCACGGUGCAGUUCUCCUGUCGACACGGAAAGCAAUGAUUCCGAUGGAAACCCGAAGCAGAGUCAGGACAAGAACUUCAGCACUGCCUCCCCCUGCGUUUGGAACGUCUGCGUCACGAGGAAAGCGCCGCUGGUGGCCUCGGACAGCAGCUCCUCCGGAGGCUCCGACAGCGACGAGGAGGAGGAUAAAGCUGAUAUCGUCACGGAAACCAUCAGCACAGGCUCGGGCCAGGAGACCAUCAAGCUGACUAUGGAUGCUAAAAACGAGAAGGCUGUUUUCACCAGAGUGUUUAGACCUGCAGUCAGAGGUGAUGCGGACUGCAUGGUCAUUGAUAAGCUGGCCAUCACUGACAUCGGAACAACAAAAGCAUCCAGACCCCUGAACAACGUGGCCCAGCGCUCGGAGGAGCACCAGAACACCGCCGCCGUUGUCACAGCUGUCACGGAAACGGCCACAAAAGACAGGAAAGAAGAAGUCUUGCCCUGUGCUGAAGCCACGUUAAAUGGCCCUGCUUGA